CGGGGAAGGCAAGGCCGGGAAGGCUUGGCAUGUUGUUGGUAAACGCACUCCAGCCGGCAGCUUUCCGCCCGACCUCUCAGGCGGGCCUCGCUCCUGGUCGCAGUGCUGAACUUCAGUGCCCCCGAAGUUUGAAAACUCCUCAUCGAGGGCAUCAUCUUGGCCGUCCCCUAACUGACCUGGGAUUUAAGAAUCCUAGCAAACCUAAGUGGCAAGUGUCCAGAGGAUGGCUGGGAUGAAAGCACACUUGAGCUCUUUCUUCAUGAGCUUGCAGUCAUGGAUAGCAACAAUUUCUUGGGUAAUUGUGGGGUGGGAGAAAGGGAAGGGAGAGUGGCCUCUGCUUUGGUUGCUCGUCGUCAUUACAGGUUCAUCCAUGGAAUUGGGCGGUCUGGUGAUAUUUCUGCUGUGCAACCAAAAGCUGCAGGCUCUAGCCUCUUGAACAAAAUUACCAAUUCUUUGGUGCUUAGCGUCAUCAAGCUGGCCGGUGUUCAUUCCGUGACCAAUUGCUUUGUAGUUCCUAUGGCAACUGGUAUGAGUCUAACCUUGUGUUUCUUAACAUUGCGACACAAAAGACCUAAGGCCAAGUAUAUCAUAUGGCCGCGGAUAGACCAGAAGUCCUGCUUUAAGUCCAUGGUCACUGCAGGUUUUGAACCAGUGGUGAUUGAAAAUGUUUUAGAAGGCGAUGAGCUGCGUACUGACCUGAAUGCUGUGGAGGCUAAAGUCCGGGAACUCGGGCCUGAUCAUAUUCUGUGCAUUCAUUCUACUACAUCCUGUUUUGCUCCAAGGGUGCCUGAUAGAUUAGAAGACCUGGCUGUGAUUUGUGCUAAUUAUGGCAUUCCGCAUGUAGUCAACAACGCUUAUGGAUUACAGUCUUCCAAGUGCAUGCAUCUCAUUCAGCAGGGGGCUCGGGUUGGUAGAAUCGAUGCUUUCGUUCAGAGCUUGGACAAAAAUUUUAUGGUUCCAGUAGGUGGUGCUAUAAUUGCUGGCUUUAAUGAAUCCUUCAUUCAGGAAAUUAGCAAGAUGUAUCCAGGAAGAGCUUCAGCUUCGCCAUCCUUAGACGUCCUUAUCACCUUGUUGUCACUCGGCUGCAAUGGCUACAAGAAACUGUUAAAGGAAAGGAAGGAAAUGUUUGUAUAUUUGUCCACCCAACUGAAGAAGUUGGCUGAGGCCUACAAUGAAAGACUGCUACAGACACCUCACAACCCUAUAUCUUUAGCUAUGACACUUAGGACAGUAGAUGAGCAGCAUGACAGAGCUGUCACUCAGCUUGGUUCAAUGCUUUUUACCAGACAAGUUUCUGGAGCCAGGGCUGUGCCUCUUGGGUCUGUGCAAACUGUGAGUGGCCACACUUUUCAAGGCUUCAUGUCCCAUACAGACAAUUACCCUUGUGCUUACCUCAAUGCGGCGGCAGCCAUCGGGAUGAAGAUGCAGGAUGUGGACUUGUUCAUCAAGAGACUUGAGAAGUGCUUAAACGCCUUAAGAAGAGAACACAGUAAAGCCAGUGCUGUGCCUGUCGCUGACGGCUGUGACAGAGCUGGAGGUGUGGACGUUGAGGAAAUGGCUUUGAAACUCGAUAGUGUGCUUGGUGACAAGGACCAGCGACCUUCAUGACAUAGGCUUCGUUUUGUUACAGUUCAUACAGCACUUUAAAGGAUAUAUUUAAAGUUUUGAAUUAAGAAUUUUAUAGAGAAUGUUCUGUCAAGGAAGAGAUUGGUCUGAGGGUAGCUGUUGGUGAUUGAUGUUUUUUUAUCCUUAGAAUACCUCAGUCCUUAUGAUUCUUAACAGGUUAUAACAUGUAGUCACAAUGGACAUUUUCUGAUUGUUAUAUUAGUUAAACAAAACAAUUCAGAUGAUUCUUACUAAUAUAAACUGUAAAGUUACAUGUAAUUCUCAUUGAAAUACAGUGUUUCUUCUUAGUUAUUCUCCAGCAUUCAAAGGUUUUUUUUUUUUUCUGAUCACACAGAAUUGAGAAAGAUGUUCCUAGUGCUGCUAAAUACUAGGUGCUUGUUUAGUUGUCUGUGCCUGUAAGUGGGAGUCCUCAAGGGAGCAGAGCCAAGACAUAGUUUAAUGUGAACCUAAGGGCAGUUGUUCUCAACUAGACUGUCUUGAUUAUAUAAGCAACACGUGAAGACCCAAAGUGGGUGUUAGUGACAUUAAAUGGUAGAAGCCGGUGGUUCUGCUCAGUGUCUUACCUACUGUCCAGUACAUGGUUUCCACAAAAGAAUUCUCCAAAUGUCAUCAGUGAUGUGAGUCACGGAAGCGAGCUCCUCAGUAAAGUCGCUUUGUGCGGCAGUUUGCUCCUGUGCUGCCUGACGGCAUUGCUGUUCGUGGUGGGCUGCAUGGACGUCAGUGGUCCCACGAGAUACAGCACCUCGUGAUGAGACGGCUCUCUUGGUUUGUUAGUUAUGAGUCGUACUGUUCACAUACAUAUAAAACCAGCUAAAUUAUACAUUUUUAGACCGUAUCAGUGACAUGUGACUGCAUAUCAAAAAGGACAACUCUGUGAAUGUUACCAAGUUUACUGCAUAGAAACUCUUAACAGCCAGAAUCAUUUGUUCUAAACAAGUUGCUAUAAAUGGUUUUUUUUUUUUUUUUAUAAAUCUGCUCAUUUUUCUGUUUGGGCACCUGAAAACUAUUCCCCAUACUGUCGUGGCUUUAAGCGGCCUUUGUGAACUGACUAGUAUUGUGUACAGUCACCAUCAGGACUGGCUUUGAACAUGUUCUUGCUAAGGAGGUCAAAAUUAUACAGUACUGCAAACAUAUGUUUUAUAUAGGCAGAAAGAAUAUUUAGGUUGUAGUUCUCUCUCUCUCUCUCUCUCUCUCUCUCUCUCUCUCUCUCUGUGUGUGUGUGUGUGUGUGUGUGUGUGUGUGUGUUUAUGGCUCAAUAGCUCUAACAAUGAUUUUUGUUAAUUUAAAACAAAAACAAAACAGACCAAGGAAUUAAACGCCAUGCCAAAGCUAUGUUUCUCAGGCCUGCUCUGUGGAGUGCCAUUCUACCCAAGACGUACUCAUGGGGAAAAGGGUCCAUGGAGAAAUAAUUUGGGAAAAUGGCUUUGUAAAUUUGCUAAUAGUAUAUUAAAUGCUAUAAGAGGAUUUCUUUAGUAAAGAUUGACCUGCUUUUCCAAAGAGGAGCCAGUUCUCCAAAGUGAAACACUCAUAAUGUCUCCUCAAACAUACUCUUCCAACACAAGGGGCCAAAUGCUUUGGCCUCUGGAUUCUGUUGCUUGUAUUAGUAGGCACUGAGCUGUGUAUAAAAAGGGAUCUUUCAUAGAGGGUUUGUAAGGAUGAGUUCAGCCGGAUGCUGAGUGUGUAAGUUGGGCUAUGUGAGCCACUGAUACCCAUGGAAGUUAAGGUUUGCUGGCUGGAGAUAAAGAACUCCCUUGAAGAUAUCUAGGUGGUUCCUGGAUAUAUUCUGCACUUAGUGGACCAGACACUGAAAUGGCUCUUAAGUAGCUACAGUAACUUGUUAAAUGGGAGUAAAUCCUGGAUUGAAAAGGUAUGUGCUGCUUUCUUGCUGGAUUCGGGACUGCCUUGUAGACCUGAUGAAGCUACAGAAGCCCAGUCUCCAUGGAGCCCGGGAGGGUCAGAUGCUGCUGCCGAUGGAAAUGCUGGCAGUGCAGCUUCCUAUGCAUCAGGCCAAAAUGAUUUUCUAGAACAAGUGAUCUAUAUUGUGUGAUCAUCAUUUUGCUUAAGAAAGGCCAGAGUCCAGAGACUGAAGACGCUUCCUCAUCUGCCGAGUAUCAGCAGUUCCUGGGCUUCAGCUGCUGAAUGGAUAAUAAUUCUAAUUGAAGAUAAAUUACAUGAGCCCACAUGUGAAAGAUAGCUAUGGUAUAACAUUUAUUCCUGGCACAUUAAAUCGGUUGCAGUUUUGGUUGUUAGCCCUUUCCCUUUUAAUUGGUCUUCAUUUCCAGCUCUGUUCCUCCUGGCUCCAAGUUUGACCCUAAGGUUGCAGAACUCAGUUUUUAUUUAUUUAUUUUAAGAAUAAAAUAGUUCUUUGUCAUAGGCUUUUCUUUUUCCCCAGUCUUUACCUAGCUCCCUCAUGUUCACAUAUAUGUGUUCAAAGAACUAUACCCAAGUGUCUGUUGUGAAGUACUUACUGCUUGGAUGCUUUUCUGCCCUCAGACUGUGGCAGUGGAGAACAUUCCAGGCAUUGCCUGAGACACUACUUCUAUCUUCCUGGCCCAACUCCUCUUAUGAAUAAGGCUGUGAGGUAGAUUUUGGAGGUUGGUUUUUAAAGUCAGUGGGCUGGAGUAGUCUGCUUAGAGAAGAAAACUGAAUCCUGGAAUGCUUGAUCACUAAUGCGGCUUACACACACUGCAGGGAGAAGUCUCUGCUGUUGGGGUCUCACUGUCGGGAAGACAUGACAGCAGUCUUGUAAUCCAGUGUUAACGGUGAGCUUCCUAUUGGCUUAUGCUAGUAGUUGAACUGAGUUACACAGAUGAGCUAUGUAAUCCAGUUCUGUUCCACCAAUGGGCCCUUGAUGUACAAUGGUAAAUUUAAAUAUGAUUUAAAUUAAUUUUUCUACUACCUUGUCCCAGCACAUUGAAUUGAAUAAUGAUUCCAUUUCUUUAAACACAGGACAGUAAGAACUGUCAUUGAGGCCCUAGCUAUAGAAUAUGUCUGUGCCAAUAGAUUCCAUAGAUUUUAGUGGAACUUAGGAAAAUGUACUCACUUUUUAAACUGGUGAUAAUAUUGAAUUAGUGACUUCAUCUUGACAAAUUCAGUUUUAUAUCUUUUUACUGAAGUAGGUGACCAACAAUUGAAAACAGCCAUGAAAAACAUUGAUGAAUCCCAUUCAUACUGUUCUCAGAGAAAAGUUUUACAUAUAUACACAUUUGGUACUUACAAAAAUUGGAUUUGCUUUGCCUAGAAAUCUAAGAUGCACUAAUUUCUGCCAAACCAGAAAUGGUUUUGUGUUUUACAUUGAUGAGACUGACCUUGUAUGGAGUUGAAAUUCCCAAUUUUAUAUGCACAGAAGUUGGUUAAUUUCAGAAAUUUCAUAAUCUCUGAAUAAUUUGCUAAGAACCAAUUGGUUCUACUAAUAGCAGAAGUGUUCAUGUGUUUGUGCAUCUGUGUAUGCUUGUAUGUGCAUGUAUGUGUGUGUGUGUAUGCAUGUGUGUGCACUUGCGUGUGUGUGUCUACACUGGGAGUCAUCCAGAAAGGUGCAGGGUGCUUUGUCUGUCAGUUAAUUCUACUCUUUGGACAGCCUUAGUCCACAGGUCUGGCUUGCUGCCUCCUUUAGUAAAUUGCCUUACAUUUUACUUUCAUUUUGGCCUCAUGGUCUAUGUCACACAAGAUGAUGAUUUUAUAGUUAUUGAAUAUGCCUUUGUAAUCUACCUGCUAGUAGUCUGCAAUUCAAGCUAAGGCCUUGGACAAAGCCAAAUUGUGUUUAUACCAUCUUUUUUUUUGUUUGUUUUUUAAUCAAGUGGUGCCAGCAAGAACUUUUGGAGAAAGGUAAAGGAAGGCUGACUUAACUGUGUAACUGUGGGAUGGGAGCUAUGAGACUUUGAUACAGACCUGUACCAAAAGGGAGAAACACUUCCAAAAAUAUUUUUGCUAUAGACUCUUUAAAAAUAAAUUAUAUAAUUUAUUACAUGAAAUAAACUUUUAAUAAAUCAC